CACUCAGCCAAUAGAAUUCGGACUCAACGAAGUGCUAUGCGUGUGGGUGAAGGUCGUUAACACACAGACCAAACUGAAACAGAACUGCUGAAAGCUUUUAUAACAGCUAUGUCGGAGAGGAAACCUCAUGUUGUUGUUGUCGGCGGUGGACUGGUUGGUGCUUUGAAUACGUGUUUUCUGGCCAAAAGGGGCUUUAUUGUAGAUCUAUAUGAAAAAAGAAGUGAUAUAAGAAAAGCAGAGCAUGUUAAGGGGCGGAGCAUCAAUCUGGCCCUCUCCACGCGAGGUCGCACUGCAUUGCGUAUGGUAGGAUUGGAGGAUACCGUGCUGGAGAAUGGCAUCCCUAUGCAUGCCCGGAUGAUACAUGACCCGGAUGGAUCAAGACGGCCUAUCUUGUAUGGAAAGGAAGAUCAGUACAUCAUGUCCGUAGAUAGGAGAAGAUUAAAUGAAGUACUUCUGACAGCUGCUGAAAAGAACCCAAAUGUGACCUGUCAUUUUGAACAUAAACUGGUUAGCUGUGAUUUUAAAACGGGAGAAGCGGAGUUCAUUAACAAUGAAGGAAAGAGGAUCAAAAAGACAGUAGACCUAAUUGUGGGUAAUGAUGGAGCUUUCUCAGGUGUGCGUAAAGAGAUGAUGAAAGCCACACUGCUGGAUUACCAGCAACAGUACAUUCCCCAUGGAUAUAUGGAAUUGACAAUCCCUCCAUCUCCCAAAGAUGAAUAUCUGAUGGAAACAAACUAUCUCCACAUAUGGCCAAGGAAUGAAUUCAUGAUGAUCGCCUUACCCAAUCUGGACAAAUCCUUCACAUGCACUCUCUUCAUGCCUUUUGAAAUUUUCAACAGUAUUAAGACAGAGGAGGAUCUUAUGAACUUCUUCAGAGACAAAUUCCCUGAUUCUAUUCCACUGAUGGGAGAAGAAACCCUGAAACAAAUAUUCAUGUCCAGUAAAGCUUUACCCAUGGUAUCCAUAAAGUGCUCACCCUACCAUGUUGAAGACAAAGGACUGAUAAUGGGAGAUGCAGCACAUGCCAUGGUACCAUUCUACGGCCAGGGAAUGAAUGCGGGAUUUGAAGACUGUAUUGCUUUGGAUGAAAUGCUGGACCUAUAUAAGAAUGAUUUUUCCAAGGCUUUGCCGGCAUACUCCGAGACUAGGACAGUGGAUGCUCAUGCUAUCUGUGAUCUGGCCAUGUACAACUAUGUGGAGAUGAGGAAGUCUGUCAAUUCUAAACUCUUCUUGAUGAGAAAAAAGUUGGAUAACUUAUUGUUUACCAUCUUUCCAAAUUCCUGGAUACCGUUAUACACAAUGGUUGCCUUCACCAGAACAAGAUAUCAUUUGUGUAUUGCAAGAAGAAAACAUCAAGAUGAGAUACUGACAAAAGUUCUUAGUGGCGGUAUGAUGGUGUUGCUGGGUGUGUGUGCAUUAUCUGCCCUGAGGAUCUGUAACCAAAGAGGAAUAACAUUCCAAACUCUGACAGACAAAGCAAUGGAACUGUGGGAGUCCUUCCCACCUGUGUACCGGUAACACAAAGAAAGCUCCAUAUCGUUAAAACAGAAAGGAGGAAGAUCUGAACGUUAAUUGCUAAUGUUUUAAAACAAAUUUUAUUUGCUUAUUGUCAUGUGUUUAGUGCUUUUAUUGAUUGAGGACAGUUUCACCAAAGAAUAAAUCAGAUAUAUGAAUCUCUUAUUAAUCAGCUAUCAGUAUAGUAAUUUGUAUAUUUGUGUUUGUUUAGUAUAUACUGUUACCUCAUGUUUAAAGUUUAUUUUUGUAAGAAUUUUUCAAACAUGCUUCACUGUAUGUCAGUUUGUUGUAGACAUGUAAUGUCUUUAAAGUUUUAGUACAUGUAAACUUGUAUUUCUGUAUAUGACUUCCUGGUACAUUAAAUACAUGUAUUUGAUA